AUGCUCAGUGUGCUUCUUCUGAGACCACCUUCACUUCCAAAACUGAGGGUAAAACCAGCAGACCUAGUGCAUUUGGAUCCUCAGCUUCCUCUCAGCGCUAGUCUCAAAACCAUGGUCGAGUUUGCACAAAUCCAGGAGGGCGUUCUCGAUAUACUCCUCAGCCACAGGGAUAAGAACGAUCAAUCCGUCGUCAUUGAUAAGCUUCUACGGGAUACAUAUGAUAUCCAUACGUCAAUUGAAAAGCGUCAACAUCAAUUACCUUUCAGGGAAACGACUUACGAAUGGGUAGCCAUCGAAUUUGGCUAUUAUGCACUACUCACUAGUGUUUUGCACUUGAACAAGCGCGUCGCCCAAAAUCGAUCAAGUCAGGAAGAUUGUCUGAGGGCUUCACGGCAGUCGCUCAUACGCCUUAGGAGAAUGCAGGACGAGAUUUGGAUGGAUGCUAAUUUCCUUGAUGAGUAUCCAUACUUCCUCACUUGCAACAAUGCACAAUUCCUUUGGCUCAAACUUCGCUCAAGAAAGUGGAGCCAAUUUACAAGACCGAAGUAUCGUCGGCCAAGACGCACAAAUCAAUCUGGACAAUGA